AUGGAUGUGGGUCUAGGCCUGGGCCCUCCCCGAGGGCCCUUGGGCUACGAACCUGACGACGGCCUUCCACAAGCAGAUCCACUGCCGGACGGGUGGGUCGAGCACCGACUGCAGGUCGACCGGAAGCGUUUGGAAGCGAUGAUCACUGGCAACCCCCUCCACGGCACCGGUCUCUACCUCCAGAAUGCCGACGAAUUUUUCCGGAAGGUUCAGGAAAUGUCGGAGGCUGUAGUCUGCUGGCCGUCAAAGCUGAAGAUUGGGGCAAAGACCAAGAAAGACCCAUUCGUGAAGAUCCUCGGCCUUCCACACCAAGUCGAGGUAGCUGCUCAGUUGAUAGCCGCCAAACUACAAGUGAAGAGAGAUCGUGUAACGCUCAAAAUGGAAAUUGUUCACUCGGCCCAUUCGCAUAUUAUCGGAAAGGGCGGAAGGGGUAGUCAGACGGUGAUGAGGCAUACCGGAUGUCACGUCCAUUUUCCGGAUGGGAACAAGUACAGCGAAGACCUGACAAAAAGUGACCAGGUUUCGAUCGCCGGUCCUGCGGCGCAAGUCGAGCAAGCGAGACGGUUGCUUAGGGACCUCUGCCCCGUUAUCAUCCAACUCGAGGUGCCCUACCUGGCUGCCCAUCCCCCAAUGUUCCCCCCGGUCACCCCGACCGUAAAUAUAAUGUGGAAAAAGAUAUCAGAUUGCCUACUGACUUGUACGCUGCGAGGCUGCGCCGGGAAUGAGGCGGAUUUUCAAGGGGCACUGGACUCACUGCUACAAAUGCUACACCUUCCGGUAGAUCUGUACGUUUGUUGUCGAGUGCUCGUCGAGAUACGGCCUGUCGCGUUGAAGGCGCUUUACAGCUCGGCUAACAUGCCGAGGUUAGUUUUUGAGGGCACUCUGAAGCAGGACUACACGGCCAUUGAAGCCUGCCACGCUGUCAGCAUCCAGGCCAAGUCGAGGCUCGGCCAGGGCGGCGAGCAGGUGAACUUUUCCAUCCGUGCCGCCGAAGAGCAAAUGGUCAACGUCCUGCGGGCCAGGCAACGGAUUUUGGGCCAAGAGCAGAGCGAGACGAUCGAUGAUGACUAUGAUUUUAUGAAGAUUACCCAGAAUUCCGAACCGAUUGCACCAUUUUCGCGAUCACUCGUUGGGCGCGGGAAUAAUUCGGAGGAGUCGACUAGGGAUGCUCCCCUCUCACCGGACCCGGAAAAUUCUCCCAUUGCCCAUUCACUUUUGACCGGCGCCAAGCACAUCAAUGGAGAUUCACAACUCUGGUCCGGCCAACCCUCUGCUCGUCGUGCCUCCAGGGAGCAAAUGCUUUUCAAGGCUCACCAAGCAAUUUCCGACACGAUCGGUACUUCCACCCGCUAUCCCACAGAUCUUUGGGCUGGAUAUGGGUUCUCGAACUCGUUGCCCACAGACCUUCUGAAGGGCAUGAUCGACCUAAAAAUGGCAGCCGGAGCUGAUGGUGCAAAUGGCCAUAUGGCUCCGGGCACUUCGAUCAAAGGGCUGGCUGCGGUGAGGGAGGAAGAGGAGGACUCCUCGUUGUCGGCUUCCUCUUCCUCCCUAUCGAACACGUUCAGCACUCGCGUGUUCCAGAAGAAACAGAAACUGCCAGCCUUCUCCGCUUCGACGUCCAUCUUCGAGUCUCCACUUGGUGCAUCAGAAAGUGCAUGGGAUGUCUCGCUAUUUACCGAACCGGCGAUGGUGCUCGCACAGCUCGGUCUCGGCGAGUACACGGCCAAUUUGAGGGAGCAGGAGAUCGACAUGGACGCUUUUCUACUCCUUGAUGAGGCCGCGCUACGGGACAUCGGUGUCGCCACCGUCGGCGCGAGGAAGAAAAUCCAUCACGCGAUCCUUAAACUUCGCGAAUCCGCGAAGGCGCAGGGCUACUCGCUG